AUGGUCGCCAACCUAGCUCUGUGGAUAGGUACACCCUUGCAAAAAAGUUUAGCGCAGAAAGAGACGGUGCGGCAUGAUCGAUUACGCGCAGCACAAGAUGAUCCCGAUGCCCUCGAAGCGUUGGAGCGAACCCAGAAGGACGCGAAAGAGAUGUCGUUGUCCAAGACACCUUCUAAGGUCCAACACGAGUCACCCGCCUCCGUAUCCGCUACGCCACCUCCAGCGGAAAAGGCGACGAAAAAAGCUCGACGCCAACGAAAGCAGGCAUCGACAUCUACUAGUAGUAUUGCUCCGCCGUCGAUAACGAGCGAAGCUAGCAACGAUGCCGCCUCAAGUAGUAGCGCUUCGCAAGAGAACCAGAAACACUCAAGCCUUAAGGACGUAAAGGACAUCAAGGUCGAACGAGAUUCUAGAGAACCUGAAACGCACUCGCAAUCUCAGAAGAAGGCCGAAAUCAGCACGGAUGUACUGACAGGUGUCAGCGUCAAGGUAGAACCGCCGACCGUUAAACAGGAACCAAUGGCGAUCUCGACACCCGAACCGGACAGUCGGAGCACGACACCCUCUGGAGCGUUACGACCAAGUGGCCAACAAUUACUUUCCCCAACGACUGCGCCAGCAUCACCGGGAAAAGCGUACGUGGAUGAGCCACUACAACACUCGCCACCUGUUGCUACAAAUUCACGAUCUUCAUCUAUUGCGGGUCCGGGUGGUGCCGCUGAGUGUCUUCAACAGCUUGCUUCAAUGACCUCACCACCGCCUGCAGCAGCUGUCGCCGCUUCCGCUACCGUCAGCGCCGCGCAGCAAACACCUCCACCAACUGCUACAGCAGCAGCAACAACAAUAAUCAACAAUAACACUACCAUAGACAAUAAUAGUAUGAACAACAUGGUCUUGCCGGGUAGCAUCGGGGCGGCGGUCCCCAUAUCACCCUCCCUCACUGAUCAGCAGCUGGUAGCCUAUCCCGUCCCUCCUUCUAUUAUUACCACCUCCACUACUUCUACCACUGCUAGCACCAGCACGCACAUUCCGCUUGAGAGUCACAACCUUCAGCAGCUGCUGCCGCCAAUAAGCACGUCGGCUGCUGUGGCUGCUGGUACUAUUGCUGCUGCUGCUGUGGGCGUAGUCGGCUCGACUAUUGCCCACCAUUGCGAGACAGCUGCUGCCGCUGGUCCGGCGGCUUUGUCACCUCGGCCUGCAGAACCACAGCUACAGCCUCCUUCCGGCACGUCACUGGUAGGUGUUCAUGUAGGCCCACUCGAGCCAUGCACCAGUGCAGCCUCACCCGCUACCCCUGGCAGCGCCACCACUCCGUUGGGUGCCGACGCUGGCACGACUUCAACCGGCGUCGGAACUCUCGCAGGUGGCGCAGUUGCACCAGAUGUUCAUGUGGGUGUGCGUGCUAUGUCGCCGCUACCUCAUGGAUUGAGUCCGUCUGCUGGGUCUGGCUGUCCGCCACUGCCAGUGUCAGCCUCUUCGCCGAUCAUUGGCGCCGUGUCAGACGCGGCCGGCGGAGGAAACAGCAGCAGUAGCAGUUGCAGUAGCGUGAGCAGCAACGCCACAGUCCUCUGCAGUGGCGGCAGCAGCAGUAGCAAUGGAAGCGGCAAUAGUGGCUGCACAGGACAGCAGGCGGCAUCAUUGCCUCUACAUGUUCAUGUUCUUCCUACAGAAGGCGGUGUCGGCGUAGCGGAAACGGGACCAGCCUCUGCGGGAACAACAGCGAUAGCAGCUGCAGGUGGUGGAUCAGCUGAACCGGAUCCAGCGGAGUCUUCUUCGUCACCUGUCGACGGUGCAUCAGCGGCCUCGGCCAGCACGGAUGAACCGAGCAAUGUAAGUCGCUCGGUGUCGGCGGAAAGCACGGCCACUCGACCGGCGUCGACGCCAACGCCCACCGGAGCAGGUGGCCACACGCCGGCGUUAGGAGCUCUUCACCGUAAUGGCUUCCCACCGUCGCCCGCGUCGUCAUCGUCUACGUCGACGGAGACAUCAACAGGUGCUAUAGUGGGUUCGCUAGCAGCAGGCCCCGGCCAGCAGACAGGCACUGGCAGCAGCAACGGUAACGCUGCGAUUGUGGCAGCAAGUGCAGCCGCAAGCACUGCAGCUGACGUAUCGUUUGCAGGCUAUCCACCACCCGACGCGAAACGGCUCGCGCUCGAUCCAGAACAAUUUGGAAGAACCGGGACCCCUGGCCAUCCGCAUCUUCAUCCGUUGUUUUCGCCCAGUGCAGCUGUAUCGGCUGGUGGCCAGACAACAAAGCCUGCCCCGAUCUCUACCAGCGCAGCAGUCAACAGCCAGUUACCGGCGGCAACGUCAGACCACUUACUCCUUCAGGGUGUCAACACGAGCCUCUCGAGUUUGUCUCAGCUUUCUCAGUCUCUCCAACCAACGGGCAAAGCGACACCGAUCGUAGAGGGAACGGCAGCUGGAAACGCAACGACAACUUCGCGACACCCAGCAGUUCAACCUGUUUCUGGACACUAUUCACCGUCGCCAUAUAUUGGGAGUGCAGCCGCAGCAGCAGCACCGAAUUCAGUUCCUUCAACGUCCCUCCCAGUUCCGCUGUCAGGCGUCGCGUCGGCGCCGACCGCAAGCGUUUCAUCGGCGUCUACAUCAUCUUCGACGCAUACAACCAAUACUCUCACAAAUCUCGUAUUCGCAAAACAGGGAUGGCAGACAAGCAGCACGGGUUCGUCUGCGAACGCUGGCGGUCGACUUACUGAGAUCGGGGCUCCGGGUGCGACAGGUCGCCUUCCCUCGCCAGUCUCCGCUAGCUCCGCUGCCAAAUUUGGAGCUGCUGGGGGUGCAGGGCACCCCACACUAUUCGGUCUACCUCCGCCCGGAGCUCCGCCAGGAGCACCCGGAGCACCUGGAUCUGGUGGUCCAUCACCCUUCGUAGAUCCACUUCUGCAGUCAAAUGCCGAUCUUCUCCGCCGGGAACUCGACGCGCGGUUUAUUGCCAGUCAAGAUCGUUCAAUUGCUAUGCCUCCGCCCCCAUAUAUGCAAACAGAUGUUCAAGCGGCUGCAGCUGUGGCAGCAGCGGCAGCAGCUGCAAGUGGCUCUGCUGUUCGUGGAGGUGCUCCAGGUGCACCUCAACAUCCACCUACGGCAGUGAACGGCCCUCCUGGUGCUGGUCUCCCGGCUGGCCUUCAGGGACUCCAUCCGGGAACCGCACCGUUUCUCCAAACGGCCGGAACAACGUUGUUCGAUCCGGCAAAGUUUCCCGGGGCAGGGAAAAUGGAUCCGCAGCUGGCUGCAAGCCUCAAGUUCGGUCCUGGAGCACCGGUCGGCUAUCCCCCAAUACCUGGAAUGCCUCCGUUGGGGGCACUUGGUCCAUUAGGGCUUGGCCCACCACCCGUGAGUGCCCCCCCAUGUGCUGUCCCCACAUCAUUUGCUAAUCCUGCGGCUGUCGCUGCAGGACAAAGCGCCCCUAUCACCAGUAGUUCCAAGGGUCAUUCACAUCAGAAAAGUUCGAAGCAAAAGUCGUCAUCAUCUUGUUCUUCAGCACCAUCUGCCAGUGUAAGUGGUGGGUCCGGCCCAUCUGCAGCGCCAUUAGUGUCGGCCGGUAGUGCUCCCGUGAGCACGCCGGCCACAGGCGGUGCUACCAUCACGUCUGGCAGUGAACGCGGUAAAUGGUGUGCAAUGCACGUUCGUAUCGCGUGGGAAAUUUACAAUCACCAGGUGCGGAGUGGACAAGUUACAGGCCAACUCUUAAGUACUCCAUCGGUGCCACCGUCGCGGGGACUACACAUUCAAGGACCGCCGCCGAUUAUGGCAAGGCCAUCUUCUUCUGGCGGACCGCCCGAUCCUGCGGCAUUGGCAAAGAGUGCCGUUAUGGUAGAUUCAAUUGGAGCUCCGCCUCCGGCUAAGACGUCACGACCAAACUCGUCUUCGGCGGGCUCAGGUAGUGGACGAUCGGCCAACGCGACGCCGACUUCCGCUCGUAACGGACCAACCGGACUUCCUACAGGACUCCCCCCUGGCAUGCCAUCGAUGUCAGCGAUGACGGCCAUGGGCCCAAUGGCUGUUGAACAAAUGGCCUCGUUUCCUCCGCUCCUUGCCGCUGCAGCUUCUGCCGCCUCCGCCAACGGCAAUCCGCACGGUCUUACGCGUCAUCCAGCUGUUUCAACUGCUAGUGGCAACAGUCCAGCCGCCAUAUCAGCAGGUCACCACCCAGCUCAUCCGCAUCACCCGCACGGACCGAAUCCGUACGCCGUGAACCCUUUUAUGCCUAAUAUCAGUUUACCCCCACAUGGUUUAGCACCAACGUUAGGUAGCUCUGCGCCAGCUGGUACCGGGCUACCGCCUUCAUCAGUGUCUCAAUCAUUAAGCAGCAAUUUCGCACGCACAUCGUCAGUUAUCACUUCGUCGUCGUCGUCAUCGACUUCUGGUGUCAAGUCAAUUAUGAGUCAACAUCAUCAUCACCAUCACCAGCAACAACAGCAACAACAACAGCAACAACAACAACAACAGCAGCAGCAGCAACAACAACAACAGCAACAGCAACAACAGGCAGCGCAGGCCGCUGCUGCGACCAAAGCUGCAGCUUCCGCCGGUAGCGGAAGCGGCUCGCCAUUUACAAGUACCUCACGAGGUUUCCCCCCUGGGGGGCCGUUUGGACAUCCGGGAAAUCCUGGCGCACACAUGCCUCCGCCCCAUCCGGGACUAGCAGGUUUUCCAGGCGGUAUUCCUUCAGGUGGAUCCCUGAUACCACGAGAAGCUCUUCUCAUGAUGGAUCCUUACGUCAGGGAUCAGUACCGUCUACGGCAAAAUCCGUUUGGACCAAUGGGCUCGCAUCCUGGUCACUCGCAGGGUAUUCCACCGAACUUACCCCACGCUUUAGGGUUUCCUCCGGGCUUAACGCCCGGUGCAGUUAUGCCAGGAGGUUUACCGCAAGCGUGGGGCGGCUUAAAAGCUGAAGCAGAACGUGAGGAACGGGAACGCAAGGAUAAGGAACAACAGCAGCUAGAAAGUCAUAAAAAGGUUCACGAGGAAAGCCUUAAGCAGAGGGAACGCGAACAACGACUUCUGCAGCAGUUGCAGCAGCAGCAGCAGCAGCAACAACAACAACAACAACAACAGCAACAACACCAUCAUCAUCAUCAUCACCACCACCACCACCAACAACAGCAGCAGCAGCAACAGCAGCAGCAACAGCAACAACACCUUCAGACGUUACACUCAAUGGAUGGGAUUCUACGGAACGGCGACGUCACAGGCCGAUCGAUGCAAAAUCGAACACCUCUCAAGAACGGAGCGCCCAGCGUUGCACCGCCUGGAGUCGCGGCACAGUCAUCGCUCUAUCCAGAAAAAGCACCUUCUAGAGAACGUGAUCGGGACAGUUCUCGGAAUAUCAAGGAAGAGCUGCCUGGCAUGGUAGCAGCCGCAGACCUUAAGUCUAGCGCAAGCAAAGGUGCGCCCGAGGAUUUCGCCGCAAGCCUACAUAAAGCAGCUACAGGACACGCCUCAGGAGUUGGUCCUUACGGUUUGCCAGCACCACCACCAGGGUUGGCUGGAUUACCGACGCCAGGUUUGAUGUGGCCUCAUGGUCAUGCGCAUCCUUCUGCUUUGCCACCAGCCGAGUAUCAGCGCAUGAUAGCCUCGGACGCAAUGCUAAGCGAACGAUAUCGAGCUAUGUUUGCCAUGGUCCCUCCUGGAGGCACUACGGGCUUAUCUCCGGCGGACCGCAUGCGCCUAGGUCCUGCUAGCAAUGAAGAGCUCGAGAAACAGCUUUCAUACGAACGUAAUUUUAGCGAGCACAUUGAACGAAACAAAUUGCUGGGGGCGCAAGCAGCGGCAGGCUUACCUGGAGCUCCUCCAGGCUUUCUUGGUGGCCCAAGUCCCGCCGGACAUGCCCCACCACCAGGACACCCCUAUCUGUCUAGCUUAGGCCCUCUGGGCCAUGGCGGGCCACCAUCGGCUGGCUUAACAAGCUUACGCGGCAAAGGCGGUUCAGUAGGACCUUCAAUUCCUGGCGGGCCGAUGUCGGCGAUGGGAUUGGCUAUGGCCGGUGGUGUACCCACCCAUCCAGGGGUGCCUCCCCCUCCACUAAUACCUGCUGGUGGCCCAGGUGCGUCCCAUCCAAUGCACAAAACACUCUCCUCGAUGAUUCCAUCGGCCAGCGAUAAGCCUCUACGAUAACGAUAAUAAUGAUAUUAAUAGUAAGAAUAACAAAAGUAAUAAUUAUAAUCAAUCUGUACAUUUUUGGCACAAACAAUUAAUAUAUAAGCAUCUAGAAAAUGAUGAAGUAACGAUGAACACAAAUAACAGAUCCAGAGCUGAAAAAUAAUGACGAAAGUGCACCUACAUCUAUUACCGCGGUCCCGUCAACAUUCUGCUGCCCCAUUUUGUGGUAACUUCUAACCCAGUAGGGGCAAAAACGCGCAAGCGAU